AUGUUUAUGACAAUGUGUGUAAUAGUAAUGUCGUUUCAGGGCACCAGUAAGAUACAGUUCCAGUUCGUAGAGAAGCUGUACCUGUGGUCUCCCACCUACUACUCCAAUAUCAAGUCUAUCAGCUCUAUAGUGAACAGUGUCUUAAUGACAAUAUCAAUGCCAUUGAUUGUCACAAAACUCAGACUAUUAGACAUACAAGUUGCUAUUUUGGGUCUCGUGUCACACAUAUCAAAACAUAUAGUGGUUGGAUCCUAUCAGCAACCGAUUGGCUACUAUAUCUCUGUUGCCAUUGGUUCGGUUUCGGGUAUGGUUUCGGUGGCCAUUAGGUCUAAAAUGUCAAAACUCGUCAAAAAAGAGGAAUUGGGAAAAGUAUUCAGUUUGUUAUCAACACUUGAAUCCGUGUCCCCAUUACUGGCAUCCCUGGUCUUUACGUUCAUAUUUGAGUGGAGUUUAGACUUCUUUCCCGGUCUUACGUAUGAAAUAAGCGCUGCCCUAAUGAUUGUGCCGUUGAUUGCUAUGGUUUGGAUUGAUGUGACCAUUGACUCCAAGUUAUUAGUUACAUAA